AUGUCGGCCGAGCAGCAGGAGCCGCCGUCUCCUCAGCAGUACCCGGAUGUCCUCGCUCCUGACAGCGGCCACAGCUGGAUAAUCGCGGCCGCCGUUUCCUGGAACGUGUUCUGCUGCUCGCUGCUGCGUCGUGCGGUGCCCGUCAUGUUCCGUGCCGUGGGAGAAGCGUUCCCCACAAGCACCAAGAGCUCGGUCGCCUGGAUGAACGCCUUCAUCUACAGACUGGCAUACACAUUGUCGCCGGUGACGUCUACGCUGAGCCGCGUCCUAUCUUUGCGUUCGCUCUCCGUCGCGGGCGCCAUCUUGGUUGGAGCAGGCCAAGUGAUCUGCUUUCCCCUGGGCAGUCUGGCCGCCAUCGUUCCCGUGAUCGGACUAUUGUGCGGUCUAGGAACAGCGCUGACCGUCGUGGUGGACGAGAUGGCGCUGCAACUGCACUUCGCGAAGGUGCGCUACCAGGCGCUCACUCUGUACGAGGUGGCGUUCUCUCUGUCAGCCAUCGUGUAUCCGCCGGUGUUCCUAAUCCUGGUGGACACCUACGGCAUCAACGGAGCGCUACUCGUCUCUGGCGCCCUCUCGCUCAACGGCCUAGCCGGAUCGGUGGUUAUCACCAGGCCCGUGUGGUUACCACCGGACAUUCCGCUGCCACCGUUGUAUCGGCGUGCAUCGGAUGUCGCCGCCGAAGCGGAUGCAGUGUCGCCGGCCUCACCCGUGGAGAAAGGUGCGAAAGGAGACUCCGCCGGAGAUGCUAAAGAAGUGGCUGCUGCCGACAAGUCGGACUCGAACAAGGACAUUCUGGUCACUCCAGCCCUCAACAAGUUCAGCCUCAGUUAG